AUGCCUGCUGAGCAAUACAAUCUCUUCACGAAGAUUACUCUCACUUGCAUAUCAGAAACACUGGAUGAAGCCCAUCCUUUAGGACAACCUGGAUUUCGCAAGGGAUUAGCUGCGUGGAUUACAUCCAAACGCUUUCGAGGAUUGUCGGGUUUUGAGCACCGCCCACCUCUCGUCCUCUUCUUCGACUAUGAGAAAGCGUUUGACAGCGUUGAGACUCACGCUAUACUGUCAGCGCUCGUCUACCAA